AUGGAUAAAUACCAUCCUGGUUACUUCGGAAAGGUCGGUAUGCGACACUUCCAUCUUCUCAGAAACCACGAGUGGAAGCCGACCAUCAACCUUGACAAGCUCUGGUCGCUUGUGCCAACAGAGACCCGUGAGGCCUAUGUUUCCGGCAAGAAGACCGACACCGCACCCGUUCUCGACCUCCUUCCCCUCGGCUACUCCAAAGUCCUCGGCAAGGGCAGAAUCCCAGAGAUCCCGAUUGUCGUAAGAGCGAGAUGGUUCAGCAAAGAGGCUGAGCGGAAGAUCAAGGAGGCUGGCGGUGUUGUCGAGUUGGUCGCAUAA